CUUUCCACAACCUCUAAACGCAGCUACCAGUUGCUUAGGAGCUGGUUUGGCCAUAUGUCAGGCAGGACCAGUCUGUCAAUUAUCUGAAGCAUGCCGUACUUCGUGAUAAGCGGAGAGCCCCGCUGUCCCAACUAUGCCCAUGCGUUGGUCGUCGCCCACUACCUGUCUGAAAAACUCCCUAACUUCAUUUACAAAAAGAUCGAGAUGGACGGUCUCGAUUGGGCUGAAUACGUGGACAAGCUGAACAAGCAGAACAAAUGGUAUAUCGCAAAAGGACCCGUCGUAUGGAAAGAGAUCAACAUGUGGGGUGGAAAAAGAUACCUUAUCGGAGGCCUCGGCGAGUUUUGGGAGUACGUUUAUUGCUACUACGGUUUGGAAUCGAUCAUACCAAAAAGCGACCUACUCAAACUGGCCAAUGACAAUUUGAAAUUCUACGAAGAACACCACCAACAAGCAAUGCACAAACAAAAAGAAAAAAAUGUCAGGAACAUAACGAUAUACGGAGCAUGUGCAUUUGAUAAUCCUUUCAUCAUGAUGAACCUGAUCGAAAUACCCGAUUUGAGCAAAACACGAGGUAUAGACUUCAAGCUAUUCGACAGAAGCUGGGGCCAUUCUGAGAAAUGCAAACAGUUAUUGCGCGAUGAUGCCGAGUUUAUCAACGAUCAACGUGUGUUUGGCGCCCGUGAUAUCGCGCACGUUGCUAAAGAUGAAAGAGAAGCCAUCGAGGAUUGCGACGUUUUGAUCUACAUCGAGAACUGCUCUAAGCAGCAUGAAGAAGAUGAGGAUACAUGGUUGAACAGGUGUUACAGAAACAUGUUGCAACUGUCCGAUACGAUCAACCGUUACGCCAAACGGACUCUUCUCAUAAUCAUGAACAACCCGGGCCCCAGCUGUUUUAUGGCGAGCUGUUUGGUAGACACUUGCACGAAGAUCAAGCUGUCAAACAUCGUGGCGGUGACCGCGCACGAGGGCCUGCCUUUCGUCAGGCUCGUGUCGGAGAAAACCGGAGUGCCGAUAUGCAAAAUGAGCGCCCCGGCUGUAUGGGGCUUCGUCGGGAUUCAUAGUUUUGUGGAUAGCAGGAACAUUGUUUUCAAGGCGGAUAUGUUGAGGCCUUACGAGCGAGCCCUAAAAGCCCCACCAGGCUCGACGCUAGCCUUAGGCACGAUACAAUCGGAACUACGCAAAAUCUCGUACAUGCUAACCGAAGACGAAAACGGAUUAAACAAAGAAGUGGAAAAUCGGAAAACGACGAUUGAAAAACGGCUGGAAAGACCGCCGAUGCUUGGAAGAAACAGAGCUUUGGUCAGCCUGCUCAAAUUAUGGUUUGCACCACAUCGUCCUGAUGAGAUCAUAAGUCUUGGCGUUUGCUCUGAUCACUCUUUCCAUAUACCGGCAGGAGUGGUUUUUUCGCAGCCUGUUAUGUUGAACCAGAAAGGUAAAUGGUCGCCAUACAGCAGAUUUCCCCUAAUAAGUGACUUUGCCAAGAAAGAGAUUGAAAAAAGCAUAGACGUUUCCAACAGAAUAUUGGAUAAAUUCAACAUUUUCAAGUCUAAAGAAGACGAUGUUCUACAGUAUAAACUGUACGAUUACCCUGUUGGACUCGCUGAAGAAGGAUAAGUGAUAUUGUCUUUUAUAAUUGAAAUUUUGUUGAACAACUGUAUGUGUUAUUGUUAUAAUACAUUCUAAGUAAUAUCAUCAA